CGGCCUUGCCUAAGCCCCGCCUUCCCCUGUUACCUGGCGCUCAGCCCAGAAUACUGCUGCAGCUCUGGAGCUUCUGAUUGGCUGACACACGUUCUCUCCUCUUCUCAGAAAGGGAAGUGAGAGUCCUCCCCUCCACUUCCCCAUAGCACUCUCUCUCCCUCUCUCUCUCUCUCUCCCUCUCUCUCUCUCUCUUGCGCGCGCACCCUCACUCACACACUCAGACACACACUCACACGCUCUCUCUUUUAAAUAGAUUUGCUAAGGCAGGCUGGGCUGCGCUGUGCUGUGCUGUGCUUAGCUGUAAGUGAUAUGCCGGUUUGAUUUGAUUUUCCAAGACUGAGCCACGACUGUAGAGGCCAAGAAGAGAAGCUUUGUGAGAACUCUGUGUGUGGGUACUCCAGGAAGUGCCUUGUCCAACGUCUGCUGCAGCUUGGACCCGCCGCUAGAGCCCUGUCUCCUGCUUCUCGCCUCGCUUGCUUCUGGCGCCUGAGCGAGUGAGCGAGCAAACGAACGAAAGUGCUGACCAACCCUUCCGCCAGCCAAUCCCCGACCUGAACGCAACCCACCCACCCCCCCCACCGACCCCUCCAUACAGCACCUCAACCAGCCAAUCCGGCACACAGGAAGUCGACCUGCUGUGCCUCCACGACCUGAAGUCCAUCUCUGGAGCCCCAAACGCCUGGCAAGAACACCACCUGCUGGGAAGGUUCUCCUUGACGAAUGACUGUCUCUCUUGGAGAGGACGAGAAGACAUCUUUGUUUUGGGGCUAAACCCACCAGUUUUGUGGGGUUUCUUUGGGUCUUUUUAAGGAGACUUCUGAGGUUACCCAGCCACUCCUUGGUGCUCAGGCACACAGAGGGAUUUUCAAGCACUUACAGACUUUACCCUUUAUCGGGAUUUACUUUUGUCCUUUUUGUAUCCUUUUAAUUGUUGUUGAUUUUUCCCCCCCUCCUCGUGUGUGAGCAACCAACCUUUUGGUGAAACCGAGUGCCAAGCGAGAGUUGCCAUGGCGAUGAACAUGGCGCACAUGCGGGACACCAAGUGGCUCACACUGGAGGUGUGCCGCGAGUUCCAGCGGGGCACCUGCUCCCGCUCCGCCGACGAGUGCAAGUUCGCCCACCCCGCCAAGAGCUGCCAAGUCGAGAACGGACGGGUAAUCGCCUGCUUCGAUUCUCUCAAGGGCCGCUGCUCCAGAGAGAACUGUAAGUACCUGCAUCCCCCCCCACACCUGAAGACUCAGCUGGAGAUCAACGGGCGGAACAACCUGAUCCAGCAGAAGAACAUGGCCAUGCUGGCCCAGCAGAUGCAGCUGGCCAGCGCCAUGAUGCCCGGCAGCCAGCUUCAGCCCAUGGUGAGGGCCACCACCGACAACAUGUUCCAUCCCAUGUUUUCCGUCACCCCAAGCCUUGCCGCCACCAAUGCCAGUGCAGCCGCUGCCGCUGCAGCUGCCGCCUUUAACCCGUACCUGGGGCCGGUGUCCCCGGGCCUGAUGCCCGCGGAGAUCAUGCAGAGCGGGCCCAUGCUGAUGGCCAGCAGCCCCAGCGUGCCUCAGGUGCCCUCCACCGCCCAGAAGCUCAUGAGGACGGACCGGCUGGAGGUCUGCCGUGAGUACCAGCGGGGCAACUGCUCGCGCGGCGAGAACGACUGCCGCUUCGCCCACCCGUCCGACAGCACCAUGAUUGACACCAACGACAACACGGUCACCGUCUGCAUGGACUACAUCAAGGGCCGCUGCUCGCGCGACAAGUGCAAGUACUUCCACCCGCCCGCCCACCUGCAGGCCAAGAUCAAGGCCGCCCAGCACCAACUCAGCCAGGCCUCGGCCGCCGCCGCUGUGACUCAGUCGGCUGUCAAAUCACUGAAGCGACCCCUCGAGGCAACCUUUGACCUGGGAAUCCCCCAUUCUGUCAUGCCUCCUUUACCAAAGAGACCGGCACUUGAAAAAGCCAACGGUGCCACUGCCAUGUUUAAUACUGGCAUGCUCCAGUAUCAACAGGCCCUGGCCAACAUGCAGUUUCAGCAGCAAGCUGCUUUUAUCCCUUCAGGCUCAAUAUUGUGCAUGACACCCACAGCAAGCGUUGUUCCCAUGAUGCACGGUGCUACACCAGCCACUGUGUCUGCAGCAACCACAUCUGCCACAAGUGUUCCCUUCGCAACCGCCACAGCCAAUCAGGACUCUUCCUUAUCAAAGUUGACUACCAACGAAUACAUGCAAUUGAUUCCCAUAAUAUCUGCAGACCAUCUGACUAGUCACAAGUACUUGACUCAAAUGUAGUUCCUGUCCAGAACAAUCAAAUGAAAGUAUGCUGGUGUACCAUCAAGGACAACGUUCAGCAUUCACAGCCAUUACACCUUGAAGGUGUCUGUCUGAACCACAGAGGAGUUCAUCUCUCAGCUGGACCUCACAACUAGUCAUGCAUGCAAACAUGGGUAUGGCCAGGGUCAACGCCAUCCACGUCUAUCUCUCAUCCACAAAAACCACCGACAGACUUACACUCACAACAACCCUCCAGCUUGACAUUGAAGAGGCCUUUACUGGCACAAACGUACAUGCCAAAACAGAAUAGUGCUAAAAGGUAACAUUUUGCACACUCACACACACACACUCUUUUUAAAAUGUGGAGAUGAUGGCGAUGUCACUUCAGAUUUAUACAGUAUUGGUACGUCAGUAGACCAAGAGAUUAAGUUUAAUUCAUAGUUUUCAUUGGUUUAUUGUAUGGUUUACAAAAUGGCAAAGGUGCACUUACAGAGAAAAGAAAUGUAUGCACAAACUUGUUUCAAGAGUUGAUUUGGUGAGUCAAGUAUUCUGUUAUGGAAGAUUUGAGUGAAAUUAGAUUAUGUAAACAGAAGGUCAGAAUUGGAUAAGACAGAUGAAUGUUUUAUUCAGAACACACAGAAACACCCGUGUUCUUCUCAAAGCACAUUCGGUUUGUUCUGAAUCACCCUCUAGCCUUCCGACCAUACAUCCAAAACUAAAGGUGUUAUUUCAGCAGUGUUAUUAUGUUUACUCAAGAUUUGUGUUUUAUUUUUUUGUAAUGACUCUUGUUUUUAUACUUAAUUUCACAAAUGUGUGUUUUUUUUAAUACUUUUUGCGCCUUUUAUUUGUCAUUCAUUUAUUCGUGCAUUUGCCACAUAGCCUUCUAUAGCAUUCUGUGUUUCAGUCUCAUGAAAUCACAGUAGCCUUUUCCCCCCCCGAGUUCAUGAGAUAACUUUUCAAACUUUUUAUUUUUCGUCUCAUUCACAUUUUGCCCCUUUUCAUUGUUUGACUGUUGUUAAUAUUGUUGUUUUUAAUAAUACGGGAAUGGAGUUUUGGGCAGUCUGAGAGUGGUGUGGAAAUAUGUGCCGAGGUUACAAGUCUAAUGACUUUAAAGAGUGUCAUGUGGCUGUAUGCAGCCAUAUCGGAGCUGGGAUACGGGAGGAUUGGCUUCAUAGCCACCUUGCAGUCUCAAGGUGGGACUCUAAAACUGCAGCUGGAAAAUGCACGGCUUAAAUGAAAGGGAGAUAUGAAGAGCUGUGUGAGAUUCCUUCUAAUGUUAAUUUGUUUCAUUGUUUUAUGUGUGUUCAUUUUACUAUUUCAUUUCAAUUUACACCAUAUAACCCAUAGGUAUCCAUCAUGUCUAAACCUAGAUCCACAUAUCUCUUAAAGUUCAUACCAAAGUUUUUCUUUUGUGGGGAUAGGAAGAAAAAAAAGAAUGUUUCCCUUCUUAUUCUGGCUGUUAGAGGUCAGUGUAUAUAGGCUACAAAUCGUACAAAUAAAAGACAUAGGCCCAGUGAACUAACGUGAGUGUCAGUUCUAACAAAUCAGAUCAAGAAUGGAAACUUUACUCCGGAAUCUCCCUGUACGUCCCAUUCUAGAGUAUUUCCGAGAUUGUGCUCCAUUGCUACCCUGAUUGUACUGUACCGCUCCAAGCCUUAGCGUACAGCCUGGGCAACAGCCCACACAAAAUACUCUCACAAUCAUUGUACAGGUCAUAGAUGCCAAUGAUUUUCUGUAGUUCUGAUGCGUAUGCGUUUAUCAUCUUUUGUUUCUAAUUACAAUUAACACACUCUGAUGAAUUUAUUUGAACAUCGUAGUUCAAACAGUUUUACUUAAUGAUUUUAACACAUUUAACACAAUACUUUCAGCCUUAUUAUUGUACUUGAUAACAUUGUCAUCUGUUGUAGGUUUUAGAUGUAUAAACAAUUCAUAAAUAUUUCAUGCCAUAAUCAUGUUUAAUAAGUAUGUUUUGUCAGUUAGAAUAUAUAUUGCCAUCUAUAGCUUAAUGUUUUUGGUUUGUUUUUAUUUGUAGAAUUGUUUGUGUUACUUUUGAAUAUUGAACAUUUCUCCUUGUCUGUUUCAGUUUGUUGAACAAAGAAUUUUUGAUAUUGACAUCUUAAAACAAGGAAAACUAUUAAUUGACCUGUUGCUGUGGCAACAAAUUCUGGCUGACAAUAGUUUGACAAAUUAAUUUUCUAUGUGUAACAAGUUGAGAUCAUGUUUUAAAAUAUUUUUUUGUUGUUGUUCUUUUUUUUCUUUUUUGUUUAAGUGUAGAAUCGUGUACAUGCUAGAGUAAAAGAAAAAAAUAUUUUCUACUGUAUCCAUUUCAGAGAUUAAAAUAUUGUUUUAGUAUUUCUUAAGGAACUAGCUAAACAUCCAAGAAUGUCAGGCCAAAAAACGAGCAGCAGGGAUCCUGGCCUUUGGGCUCCUCGAUCUCAUUAUUACGAGAGGAAGUGAUGUCAUUGAGCUGGGCCUCAAAGCCCCGUAAAUGCUGCGUGUGGGCGAGCCAUAACCUAAGGGACGAAGGUUGACUUUUUGCACUUCUGUAUAUAGUCAGUAAAAGUAAAAAAAAGAAACGUGUAUAAUAUUGAAAUCUUAUUUUGAAUAAAAAAGUCUAUAAUUAUAAGAACUUUUGUUAGGUUAAUUUAAGGAAUUAGAAUAAAUGACCAGCUAACAAAUUUGCUUGCUAAUGUGGCUCCGUUUCUUCUGCCCAUCAUGAAAAAGAAAAAAUCAAACAAACAAAGACAAAAAAAGAGCUAGCAUUUUUGUCAUUUUUAUGCUUAGCUUGUGGUUCACUAGGAUGUCACGUAGGUUGGAAGAAAACAUGCUCCCUCACCCCUGCAGUCUUCAGGAUAUUUCUCUGGAGUCUUCCCAUACAAAACAUACAGCCCCUCUAGCCUGUGUUAACAAUAACAGACAUUUUAAAACUAGGGUAUUUUAGUGUUGUUGGACAUGACUGCAUGCCAAAAAAUCUAAAACAAACCAACAAAAAAAAUCACAAAAAUAAAGUAGAUUAAGUACAUAGUAACAAGUAUUUAUCAUCAAACAUGUUUUAAAUUAUAUUUUAAGAUACAAGGGUAAGAAUCUGGAUUAAAAGAACACCUAAAACAUGGUAAUACAUGCUCAUACAUGAUAAUAAAAGAUAAUAAUUAUAUUGAGAUGCAAAACUGCCCCCAGGACAUGCUUGCCAAUAGUGCAUUACCAGUGCCGUUCAACUCAGACCAUCUCAUUGCUUCUUUAACCAGGCAACUGUGUGUCCAGCAAGUGAAGUUCACCAACAUCCAAAUGCACAUUUCUUCCUCUUAAGAUGAAUGUAACCGCCUUCACAUAUACACAGAUAGAGGUCAACGUUUUUACUCACUUGGUUUUUUUUUAAACUUUUUUUUCUGCACAAGCGCUAAUAUACCAAAGCAUCACUUCUCCACCCCCACUCUGACAGGGCUGAUCGUGGAGCUUUCAAUCAGUUAUCCUCCUCCUGCAAGUUAACCAUACAACCAAGCAGUGGACAGCUGAGGGGUUCUGGCCCUAACACGGAGCAGAGCCCCUCUAGACUCCUCUGCUGCAUGGCCAUAGGACUCUCAGUUUCUCUGCUGGACACACACACACAUACACACACACACACACACACACACACACACACACACACACACACACACACACACACACACACACACACACACAUGCCUGGCUGCUUAAUGCUCUGUGUGGUAGACAAGACCUUACAGUUUUGCUUGUACUUGCUGUAACAUACGUAUUGUACUACGUUCUAAAAAAAAAAUGUUUUUAAUGCACAUUUAUUAUUGGCAUAAUUGAAUUGCUGUUAUGACUAAAAAAAUAAAAAUAAAACAAAAGUGUAAUUGC